AUGGCGAGGCUGAGCCACGGUCUCCUAGGCGCCCUGAACCUGGUGACACUCCUCCUGUCCCUGCCGAUGCUGUGCGCGGGGGUCUACUUCCGCAUGCGCGCCGCCACCGAGUGCGAGCGCGCCCUGCAGGUCCCCGUGAUCGCGCUUGGCUGCGCGCUACUGCUGCUCUCCCUCGUCGGCCUCGCGGGCGCCUGCGGCCGGCGCCCCGCCGCGGCCCCGUUCCUCUGGGCGUACGUGGUCGCCGUGUUCCUGCUCGUCGUCGCCGUGUUCGCAUUCACUGUGUUCGCGUUCGAGGUCACCAACCGGGGCGCGGGCAGCGCCGUGUCCGGGCGCGGGUACAGGGAAUACCGCCUCGGGGACUACUCCGGCUGGCUGCAGGCGCGGAUCGCCGAGCCGGAAACGUGGCGGCGCGUCGAGAGCUGCCUCGCGGAGGCGCGCGUUUGCGGCCAGCUGGACGGCGCCGUUGGGCAAGGCGCGAUGGAUUUCUACCGGCAACACCUCUCGCCCGUCCAGUCUGGAUGUUGCAAGCCACCGACGCGGUGCGGGUUCCGGUACGUGAACGCCACGUUCUGGGAGACCCCGAGGUCCGGGAUGUCACCGGAGGUGGCUGGAGUCGGCGGCGACUGCCGCGCUUGGAGCAACGACCAGCAGGUGCUGUGCUUCGAGUGCGACGCGUGCAAGGCCGGCAUGCUGGCAACGGUCAAGAAGAAGUGGAAGGCGGUAUGGGUCGUGAACGUCGCCCUCCUCGCGGUCCUCGUCCUCCUCUAUACGCUCGGGUGCUGCGCCUUGCGCAGCAACGCCGGCAGCAGGUACUACAACGGCGGUGGCGCUUAG